GGCUGAGAGCAUGGUGUUCCACUGACUCUUUCCGGGAUCUCCAUGCAAUCCAACUAGGGUUUUGGCGCAUCCGUGAAGGCGAGGGUUUUGGCGCAUCACGCGCGCGGCUAUGGCGCCCUCAGCAGCAGCUAUGGCGCUAGGAGGAGCGGAAUGUAGCACGAGCAGCGCCAACAGCAGCCGCCUUGUGGCCCGGCCGACGGAAUCCGGAUACCUACUGUCUCAAGCUCACACAAAUCUCCAGCGCAGGGGCUUCAAGCCCGCUUCUUUCAAGGCUCGGAGGUUUUUGGCUGUGGCAGCAUCAGCAGCAGCGUCGACGGGGCCCGGAGGAGAGUAUUUCGCGGAGAAGCCUCCCACGCCUUUGCUCGACACUAUAAACUACCCUUUGCAUAUGAAAAAUCUUAGCACCAAGGAUUUGCGACAAUUGGCAGAUGAGCUUCGAUCGGACAUCAUCUUCACUGUUUCGAAGACCGGCGGGCAUCUUGGAGCGAGUCUUGGAGUGAUUGAGCUCACUGUUGCUCUUCACCAUGUUUUCAACAUGCCAGAAGAUAAGAUUCUUUGGGACGUCGGCCAUCAGGCCUAUCCUCACAAAAUUCUUACAGGAAGAAGAUCGAGAAUGCACACCAUGCGGCAGACUAAUGGACUUUCUGGAUUUACAAAACGAUCAGAGAGCGAGUAUGACUCCUUUGGUGCCGGGCACAGCUCCACCAGUAUAUCCGCUGGCUUAGGCAUGGCUGUGGCCCGAGAUUUGAUGGGAAACAAGAAUCAUGUGAUAUCCGUGAUCGGAGACGGUGCAAUGACGGCGGGUCAAGCUUACGAGGCCAUGAACAACGCUGGUUACUUGGACUCGAAUAUGAUCGUUAUUCUAAAUGAUAACAAGCAAGUUUCUCUGCCAACGGCGACUUUGGACGGUCCAGCCCCACCGGUGGGAGCUUUGAGCAGCGCUCUCAGCAAAUUACAGUCAAGCAGACCUCUUCGUGAACUUCGUGAAGUUGCUAAGGGAGUGACUAAACAACUUGGAGGACAAAUGCAUGAACUCGCAGCAAAGGUCGACGAGUAUGCGCGUGGAAUGAUAAGUGGAUCGGGGUCUACUCUUUUCGAGGAGCUGGGACUUUACUACAUUGGACCUGUAGAUGGCCACAGCAUCGAAGACCUUGUUACAAUUCUCAAGGAGGUGAAAAACACGCGAACGACGGGUCCGGUAUUGAUUCACAUUGUCACGGAGAAGGGUCGUGGCUAUCCAUAUGCCGAGCGCGCAUCAGACAAGUACCAUGGUGUUGUUAAAUUCGAUCCGGCAACUGGGAAGCAAUUCAAAGGAAAGACUGCAACGCAAGCUUAUACCACGUACUUUGCAGAGGCCCUGAUUGCCGAAGCUGAAGUCGACAAUGGGAUCAUUGCCAUACACGCGGCUAUGGGUGGAGGAACGGGCCUCAAUAUGUUCCAGAAACGUUUCCCAGAUAGAUGUUUCGACGUCGGUAUUGCCGAGCAGCAUGCCGUGACUUUCGCUGCGGGGCUUGCCUGCGAAGGCCUAAAGCCAUUCUGUGCUAUCUAUUCAUCCUUUCUCCAGCGAGCUUACGACCAGGUUGUUCACGACGUUGAUCUCCAAAAGCUACCCGUGAGAUUUGCCAUGGACAGAGCGGGUCUAGUUGGAGCCGACGGUCCGACACAUUGUGGAGCAUUUGACGUAACUUACAUGGCUUGCCUGCCAAACAUGGUGGUCAUGGCGCCGUCGGACGAAGCCGAGCUUUUCCAUAUGGUCGCCACCGCCGCUGCUAUUGAUGAUCGUCCAAGCUGCUUUCGCUAUCCCAGAGGAAAUGGUAUCGGGGUGGUGCUUCCACCGGGAAACAAAGGCAUACCUCUCGAGGUUGGCAAGGGGAGGAUUCUUGUCGAAGGAUCUAAAGUCGCGCUGCUGGGCUAUGGAACGAUGGUACAGUCGUGUCUCGCCGCUCAAGCUCUUCUAGCGAGCUGUGGACUCCCGGCCACGGUCGCAGACGCGAGGUUUUGCAAGCCACUGGACCGCGACUUGAUCCGGCAGCUUGCGAGAGAACACGAGGUACUUAUCACGGUGGAGGAAGGAUCAAUCGGAGGAUUUGGCUCUCACGUAGCACAGUUCAUGGCUCUGGAUGGACUUCUCGACGGAACUUUGAAGUGGCGACCAUUGGUUCUUCCCGAUCGAUACAUCGACCAUGGUUCUCCAAACGAUCAAAUGACCGAGGCUGGAUUAACAGCAGCUCACAUUGCUGCGACCGCUCUAGACAUUAUGGGAAGAACAAGGGACGCUCUGGAGAUCAUGUCUCUAUAGUCUCUAUCUGGAGAGAUCAUAGUCUGUAUUUCUAAAGCUUGUAUUUGUAAUUGGUCCACAAACAUCAAUUCUAGAACGUCCUGCCAACUCACAAAUAUAUUUUCAUCGCA